AUGAAAGAAUAUGAUGUCUUUACUGGUCAGCCAUCUUAUCAAGGAUUCUGCAUCGAUUUAAUUAAUGCUAUCAGUGAAAUUGUUGGUUUUAAGUAUGAGUUAUAUGUAUCACCGGAUGGACAAUACGGUAGUCAGUUGAAUAACAGUAAAUGGACUGGUAUGGUAGGGCAAUUACAAGAUCAUGUAAGCGAUGCUGCACUAGGAGAUUUUACUAUCAGUCGAGAAAGACAGAGAGUGAUUGAGUUUACUGUGCCUUAUUUUUAUUCACACACGGCUAUCUUACUCAGGCACCCUGGUCAGCGAUCACCGGAUCUUUUUCAGUUCUUGUAUCCUUUUACCUUAGAAGUUUGGAUAUCGGUUAUUAUCGCUGCUGUUGGAGUUAGCUUGCUACUGGCUAUUUAUAAUUAUCUAAGUCCGUAUAGCUGGGGAAAUAUUAAUAAUCAAGCUCGUGAGGCUGGGAUGGAUCAAACACUGGGCAAUAGCAUAUGGUUUAUAUCCGCAGCAUUACUUCAACAAGGCUGUGAAUCUACACCUCGUGGAGUAUCUAGUCGAAUUUUAGGAUUAUCAUGGUGGUUUUUUGCAUUAAUUAUAGCUCAAACGUACACAGCUCAGCUAACUGCUCAUCUCUCGGUGACACCUACGAAUCCUACAAUUUCUUCAAUUCAUCAAUUAGCUAAUAGUCACCAAUACCGUGUCGGCGUUACUAAUGGUAGUCAAACCUUAGAUUUUGUAAAAAGCUCUACGUCUUCGGUGCACCAAGAACUGUGGAAUAAGAUAGUAAAAGGUGGCAAGUUAUGCGAGAAUACUAGCGAAGGUAUAGAAAAUGUCCAUCAAGGUUCAUUUGCUUUUCUAUUGGAUCGACCUAAAGCGAAAUAUACUACUUUUCGACUUCCUUGCGAUUUAAUGAUUAUUGGCAAACCUUUUAAUCAAAACUCAUUCGGAAUCGGCUUACCGAUGCACUCGGCUUACCUUCGAAAUUUUAGUUUAGCCAUAUUAAAAUUAAAAGAUCGUGGAUAUCUUGAUUAUCUGAGAAAGAAGUGGUGGAGUGAUCGUAGCCAAUGUACAUCCUCCAGCAAAAUCGAUUCUGAUGUUAGUCAAAUGACUAUAAGAUAUUUAGGCGGAAUAUUCAUCACUCUAUUUAUUGGCUUUUUUAUUGGAUAUGUUAUUCUAUUUGCUGAAAUGGCGUGGCAUUACUAUCAUCUAAGAAAUGAGGUAAUAGUUAUUUUCGAUUUCGGUUCUUAUACUGUAGAAAUAACUCCAACAGUAUUCAAUUCUAGGCUAAGUUCUUGGUAG